UUGCCAUACUUCUGGUCAAGAGGAAGAGGGUUGUUCAUCAUUCAGACAAUUUACUGUUACUAAUACUUCAUAUGGAUUAUAUUACUAUUCGUGUUGACUCAUGAACGAUCUGUGUUUAAAUGGCGAUGCCACGACCUGAGGCAGGAAAAGCUGGAACGACUCACGUCAGUUUCGUCUGUCAGCGUUGCCGCCAGCCCUUAAAAUUAGAUUCAUCAUUUCAGUCAUUGGAUCAGAAAGUCCUGACGGAGUUAACAGCCCCACUAGCAUGUACCCUGGAAUCAGAAGAGGCAGAUCGACUUAUCAGGGAGAAGGUGGUGGACUUUGAGUAUGAAGAAGACGGGAAUCUUGUCAGGAAGAUCAUUGGGCCCACAGAUGAAGUUGAAAGCAGCCAGGACUUCACGCUGCUUGGAGAGACCGGUCCUGGUAGCAUGGAGAACCUCAGUCACAGACUCAAGGUGACGAGCUACCUGUUUGACAUCAUGUCCGGACAGUCUGAGGUUGACCACCCACUUUGUGAGGAAUGCACAGACAAUCUGCUGGAUCAGUUGGAUCAUCAGUUGAAAGUGACGGAGGACGAGUGCAAAGAUUACAGAGACUUCCUGGAGAAACUGGGAACAUCUGGGGAUGAGGUGGACGAAAAGGCCCUGGACAAUGAACUCAAACAGCUUCAGGCCGAGGAGGAAACAUUGAAGCAGCAGCUGUCCAGUGUGGAGAAGGAGAGGGAGGAACUUGUGGAGCUGAUGCAGAAUGAGAGGAAGAACACUGAGGAACUAGAGCAGCAGGAGGCAAAAUACCGGAAAGAUUACAAUGAGUACAAGCGCCAGGCAUUGGAGCUGGAAGAUGAACAAAGAAGUGUCGACAACCAGCUUCGGUAUGCCCAAGCUCAACUUGAUAAACUGAAGAAGACCAAUGUGUUCAAUGCAACAUUUCACAUCUGGCACUCUGGACAUUUUGGCACAAUAAACAACUUUCGUCUUGGCCGCCUUCCUAGUGUACCAGUUGACUGGAACGAGAUCAAUGCAGCCUGGGGUCAGACCGUGCUACUGUUACACUCACUGGCCAGGAAGAUGAACCUCACAUUCCAGAGAUUCCGACUAGUGCCGUAUGGAAACCACUCGUACCUGGAGUCCCUGUCGGACAAGUCCAAGGAGCUGCCUCUGUAUGGCUCGGGGGGAUUCCGCUUCUUCUGGGACACAAAAUUUGAUCAAGCAAUGGUGGCCUUCCUAGACUGUUUACAGCAGUUCAAGGAGGAGGUGGAGCGAGGUGACACAGGCUUCUGUCUACCGUACAGGAUGGAGAACGGCAAGAUUGAAGACUCCAGCACAGGCAACUCUUACUCCAUCAAGAUACAGUUCAACUCUGAGGAGCAGUGGACGAAGGCCCUCAAGUUCAUGUUGACCAACCUCAAGUGGGGGCUGGCCUGGGUCUCCUCCCAGUUUGCCAACAAGUAGACAGCAUGUAAAGCAGAGAUUAUGUUAACGGGAGGACAUGUGAUUCAACAAUCAUGAAUCCAUGUGAUGAUUUCCUCACAUAGAUAAAAUUACAAUGACAACAACACAAGAGGUCCUGCCUGUGGAUAUCCCUUAUUUACCUUCAGGAUUUCAAUGUCAUUGAGGCUGGGUCCACAGUAGGGCAUGUGAAAAGUUCAUUUUGUUGAUAAUCAGAGAACAGCAAGAUAUGGCCAAGGCCUGAUAAUGAUGUGAGCACUACUUGUAACUGUAUGGAUGAUUUAUGUAAAUGUUUGUGUAAUAAUUUGUAAGUAUUAUUUUAUCUUUGCAGUUGCAGUUGUUGAGUGCUAUGUGAUGUUGAUGUAGAAAUAUAUAGGGCUACAGAUGCAAUACAAUGAAUGGUCAUAUUUGAAUUUGUGUUUGAUACUUUCUGUACUGAACUGUUUACACAAGGGUAUGCUACUGAUUUCAACCUACAUUCUGUAUAUUAUUAACAUUGUCACUGUUUGUUGGUUUCAUAGGAAGAUUUUUGAAGAAAUGAAGAAAUGGAGAUUGUUUGGAAAGUAAAUAAAAGACACCAGACAUUUUGUAGCUUGCCAGUACCAAAAGUCUGUGAAAGCCUGUGGCAUGGCAUUUUGUCUAUCCUUCGGUUGUUGUCUGGCAUUUGUCCCUUCUUUUAGAAACAGCCAGACAGCUAAAUAUAUUAUUUUCUUGAACUGAAAUAUCAAUAGUUUAGAGUACGUUUCUUAGAAAUAUUUAAACACUCCCUUGAAGCGACCAGGCCACAAGGCCCAGUGAGCUGAAACUUUAUGUAAACAAUAAAGACCAAGUUUCAUCCCUCCCAGCUGAGGCCACUUACUAAAACAACACUGUCUCACAUGGUGUCCCAGAUGUGAACAUGUGCAGGAGUGCUUUUACCAGGGCAUUUUCCUUCAAUGUUGCUUUCAAAAUGAAAUUGAUAACAUGGUGUCCAACAUUGUCCACAUUGCAUAGCUGGUUCAUAUUAGCAGUGUUUAUCCCUUAUAUAGUUGAUUGAUUAUCACUUCCUACACUGUGUGUCACUGUGAUAGUAGUUGCUACAUGUUUAUAUUUGUUAAUCUUCUCAUGAUGUCACAUGAAUAAAGAAUUUUUAGUUUCA